AUGUUGUUGCGAGCGGGUAGGUGUUUUCAGCAAUACAUAGUGGAUAUGUAUGUGAAGAUUGAAAAUACAAGGCUUGAUUAUUUCCGAAAUAAUCAAGACACCAUAAGAGUUGAUCUAUAUAAAGGUAUUCUUGAUUCACUGGAUUUAGGGGAGACUCUUGGCCAAAAUGUUGGCCGUAGAGUUAUACUUCCUCCUACUUAUAUUGGUGGUCCUCGGGAUAUGAAGAAGCGGUAUUUAAAUGCUAUGGCUUUGGUACAAAGAUUUGGGAAGCCAGAUCUUUUCGUAACAAUCACUUGUAAUGCUAAUUGGCCUGAAAUAAAAGCCGAGCUAGCUGCUGGUGAGACGGCACAAGACAGACCUGAUUUGGUUGCUAGGAUUUUUAGAGCAAAAUUGUUAGCAUUGAAAAAAGAAAUCAUGGAGAAUAAGAUUUUCGGGGAAGUUGCUGCAAUGGUGUAUGUGGUCGAGUUCCAGAAGAGAGGGUUGCCCCAUGCUCAUUUUCUUAUUAUUCUGAAACCUGCAUAUAAACUCAAGUGCCCUUCUGACUAUGAUCGAUUUGUUUGUUCUGAAAUACCUGCUCAAAGUAAUGGCACCCUAAGAAGAAUUGUGUUGGCGCAUAUGAUGCAUGGUCCUUGUGGUGUGCUGAAUCCAGAUUGUCCAUGUAUGAAGAAAGCUGGUGUAAAACGCAGUUGUAAGAACAAAUACCCUAAGAAAUUUUGUAAUGAAACAACAAAUAAUAAGGAUGGAUAUCCUAUCUACCGCAGGAGAGACACUAGGGAGCAGGUCACCAUAAGAAAUGCACAAUUAGACAAUCAGUGGGUCAUUCCCUAUAACCCUUAUCUGUCGAUGCUAUUUGAUUGCCACUUGAAUGUUGAGGGCCAUGAUAAGAUUUCCUAUAAUGUUGUUGCUUCUGAUAGCGAAACUGUAGAUGAAAUUCACCGAUAUCAAUCGGGUAGAUGGGUAUCUCCUUGUGAAGCUGCAUGGAGAAUAUUCAGCUUUGACCUAUUCGAAAUGUACUCUUCUGUUUUGCCUUUACAGGUCCAUUUGCCAUACAUGCAGACUGUUCAUCUGCAUCCACAUGAAAGGCUACUGUCUGUUGUUUUGGAUGGCAAACAUUCAAGAACUCAACUAACUGAAUUUUUUGCAAUGAACGCUGCUACUGAACAUGGCUUAGGAUAUUUAUAUGAUGAAUUCUGCGAGCAUUAUACAUGGCAUCAGGGUGAUAAGAAAUGGAAAAAAAGAGUGCAAAAUAGGAUUUCAGUUGGCCGCUUGGCAUUUGUGUUCCCUGCAGAAGGGGAACGGUUCUUUCUUAGAUUACUAUUGUUGAAUGUAAGAAGUCCUACGUCUUUUGAAGAUUUGCGUACUGUUGAUGGCUGUCUGUAUUCAACCUUUCAGGAAGCUGCUCUAAAACGAGGCCUUAUAGAAGAUGAUGACACAGCUAAUUCGACUAUGGCUGAAGCAUGUGAAACUCAUAUGCCUGCUGCUUUGCGUCGCCUGUUUGCAACAGUGUUAAUGUUCUGCCAACCAAGAGAUCCUGCUACUUUAUGGAAUACUUAUUAUCCUUUUCUUGCUGAGGAUUACUCUCACAGGUUUCCAAAUCAGCUUGUGAGAAUACAGCAACUUACUGUUCGAGCAGUUGAACAACAUCUGGAAGCCAUGGGAAAAUCCCUUGCCUGUUUUGGUCUAGAGGAAUUAGUAUCACAGGUUAGUGAUGAGUUUAGGCGUACAAAGGAUAUUAUAGAUGCUCUAGAUGCGCCAAUCCCGCAAGAGUGCUUAGGUUGUCGUUCACAGUUAAACUCUGCACAGAAUGCUGCUUUUGAAUGUAUUAUGGAACAUGUCCUGCAGCAAAAAGCCGGUGCUUUCUUUAUUUAUGUUCCAGGAGGUACGGGAAAAACGUUUCUCUACAAUGCUCUCUAUGCAGAAAUUCGACAAAUGAACAAGAUUGUUUUGCCUACAGCUACAUCGGGAAUAGCUGCAGCUAACAUUCCUUCAGGGAGAACUGCUCAUUCGCGGUUUAAAAUCCCGAUUGAUGAUGAGGGUUCACUGGCAUGCGAUGUUCCAAAACAGGGGAGUUUGGCUGCAUUGUUAAAGGAAACCGCUCUAAUAAUAUGGGAUGAGGCUUCUAUGGCUAAAAAACAAAAUGUUGAAUCCUUAGAUCUUUUAUUGCAAGAUAUUUGUGGAAAUAAGGUAGUGUUUGGAGGGAAAGUAGUUGUUUUGGGAGGAGAUUUCCGACAAGUGUUGCCAGUGGUCCCACGUAAAACAAUGAAUGAAGCAGUAGAGGCAAGUAUUGUCACUUCUUAUCUGUGGCCUAGAUUUAUGAAAUUUAGGUUGACAGAAAAUAUCAGGGCACGGGAAGACCCAGGAUACGCUUCUUUUCUGCUUGGUUUGGGAAAUGGCGAACUGCAGCAAAUAGAAAACGCUUUUGUCGAGCUACCGGAACAUAUUGUACAAUGCACAGAUGACUUUACAGACUUAGUUGCCACUGUUACAGAAACAACAUUUCCAGAAAUUGGCCGUGGCUGCUUUGACAGUGAGGUUUUCACAAGAAAGGCGAUUCUGACACCCAUGAAUGAUGAUGUGGAUAGUAUAAACGCAUUCAUGAUCGAGAAAUUUCCUGGUUUUGCUGUGACUUAUAAGAGUUUUGAUGUUGUUGUUAAUGAUACAUGCAGUAUAUAUCCUACGGAAUUUAUUAACAAGUUGUGCCUGGGUGGAAUGAGUCCUCAUGAGCUUGUGCUGAAGGAAAACUGCCCAGUGAUACUGCUAAGGAAUUUGCUUCCAUCUUCAGGUCUUUGCAACGGUACAAGGUUAAUUUGUAGGAAGUUUUUUCCGAAUGUCAUUCAGUGCACUAUAGCAGUUGGCCAUUACAAAGGAGAGGAAGUUUUUAUCCAUAGGAUUAAUUUAAGGCCUUCUAAGUCUGUCAAGUAUCCGUUCAUGUUUGAACGAAAACAAUUUCCUAUAAAACUUAGCUUUGCAAUGACAAUUAACAAAUCUCGAGGACAGACUCUUAGCCAAGUAUCCAUUUAUUUACCACGCCCAUGUUUUUCCCAUGGGCAGCUUUAUGUUGCCCUUUCACGAGCAAAAAAAUCAAACGAUGUUUGCGUUUUCACUGUAACUGCUGCUAACCAAUGUUCUGUUAAUGCAGUUAAGAAUGUAGUGUCUCAUAAACUUCUACAGCUUGCAGGCAUUGUUCAGAAUGAUGCUGGCUUUACACUGGACAUUUAUAAUCUUGUUAUGCUUUUUGGCAGCCGGAACAAUUCUCCAACUGAUGUCAUUCCCUUAGGAGAAAAGAUUUCUUUGGAACCUAUGCCUGCUUAUAGAGAACACUUUUCAAUGAUCAAACUGACCUCUUUUCAUAAGUUCACUGUCAGGACAUGCAGUUUGAUAAAAGAUGUGAGAAAGAUACAACUCAAAUACCCAAACUGGGAUUCCAGUUUAAAGAAAGAUAGACAAAAUGAAUCUACUUCAAAGGAGGCUUCAGGAACAAACAUAAAUGAUGUCUCAGAAAAUGACACCGUGUCUAAUGGUAUUUGUGAUAAAAAUAUGCUCUCUCGAAUCAUGAAUACACCACCAAGAAUGAAGCUUGAACCUGUUUACCUAGAUUAA